GCCCGGCCCAGUCCGCCGCGGCUGCCAGUGGGCUCGGGCCGCGCUCCGCGCCGCUGCCGCCCGCGCCGCCGCCCGGACCCCGGGCCCCCGAGCCCCAUGAUGAACUUCCUGCGGCGCCGGCUGUCGGACAGCAGCUUCAUCGCCAACCUGCCCAAUGGCUACAUGACCGACCUGCAGCGGCCCGAGCCCCAGCAGCCGCCGCCCCCCGGGCCCGCCGCCGCCUCCCCCGCCGCGUCGCCCGGCCCCGAGCGCCGGCCGCCCGCCCAGGGCUGGGGGUCGGCGCCGCAGCCCGCGCCGUCGGUGGGCAGCAGCUUCUUCAGCUCGCUGUCCCAGGCCGUGAAGCAGACGGCAGCCUCGGCCGGCCUGGUGGACGCGCCCGCGCCCGCCGCGCGCAGGGCCAAGCUGCUGCUGGUGGUGGACGAACCGCACACCGACUGGGCCAAAUGCUUUCGGGGCAAGAAGGUCCUUGGAGAUUAUGACAUCAAAGUGGAACAGGCAGAAUUUUCGGAGCUCAACCUGGUGGCCCACGCAGACGGGACCUACGCAGUGGACAUGCAGGUCCUCCGGAAUGGCACCAAGGUUGUCCGGUCCUUCCGGCCCGACUUCGUGCUCAUCCGGCAGCACGCGUUCGGCAUGGCGGAGAACGAGGACUUCCGCCACCUGGUCAUCGGCAUGCAGUACGCCGGCCUGCCCAGCGUCAACUCCCUGGAGUCCAUCUACAACUUCUGCGACAAGCCCUGGGUGUUCGCCCAGCUGGUCGCGCUCUACAAGACGCUGGGGGGAGAGAAGUUCCCGCUCAUCGAGCAGACGUACUACCCCAACCACCGCGAGAUGUUGACGCUGCCCACAUUCCCGGUGGUGGUGAAGAUCGGCCACGCGCACUCGGGCAUGGGCAAGGUCAAAGUGGAAAACCACUACGACUUCCAGGACAUCGCGAGCGUGGUGGCCCUCACCCAGACCUACGCCACGGCCGAGCCCUUCAUCGACUCCAAGUACGACAUCAGGGUGCAGAAGAUCGGCGGCAACUACAAGGCGUACAUGAGGACGUCCAUCUCGGGGAGCUGGAAGACCAACACGGGCUCAGCCAUGCUGGAGCAGAUCGCCAUGUCAGAGAGGUACAAGCAGUGGGUGGACGCCUGCUCCGAGCUGUUUGGUGGCCUGGACAUCUGUGCCGUCAAAGCUGUCCACGGCAAAGACGGGAAAGACUACAUCUUUGAGGUCAUGGACUGCAGCAUGCCGCUUAUCGGGGAGCACCAGCUGGAGGACCGGCAGCUCAUCGCUGAGCUCGUGGUCAGCAAGAUGAACCAGCUGCUGUCCAGGACCCCUGUUCUGUCUCCUCAGAGGCCACUGACCACUCAGCAGCCCCAGAGCGGAGCCCUGAAGGAGCCGGACGCCAGCAAGACCCCGCCGCAGCGGCCCGCGCCCCAAGGGGGCCCCGGGCAACCCCAAGGAACGCAGCCCCCAGACAAGGCGCUGCCGCCACGCCGGCUUUCCCGGGAGCCAUCACUGCCACCUUCCUCCUCCUCCUCCUCUUCUUCCUCCUCCUCCUCCUCCUCCUCUUCCUCCUCGGCCCCGCCGCGGCCCGGCGGCCCCAACAUCCGCGGAGACGGGCCCUCCAGCAGCUACUCCCUGGCCGAGGCCCCGCCAGCCCCCGCGGCUGCGGCACCCAAGGCCCCGCCGCAGCCACAGCUCAACAAGUCGCGGUCCCUGACCAACGCCUUCAGCUUCUCCGAGUCCUCCUUCUUCCGCUCCUCGGCCGGUGACGACGCAGCCAAGGCGGACACCGUGCGGAGCUUGAGGAAGUCCUUCGCCAGCCUCUUUGCAGACUAGUCGCCGGGAGCCCCCGGCCCCCGAGAGGCCGCGAGCCGGAGCCCGUGGCCACCAGCAGCCGCCCCGCCCCGCGGGCCCUGCCCCGCGCCGAGCCCCUCCGACCGCGCGGUGCCCCCCGUCCGUCCCGUCGUGCUCAGUGAUGCUCCGCAGCUCGGAGAGACGCGUGCGUGCCUGCGUGCGUGCAUAUGUGCAAGCACAUGUGCGUCCGUGGGACAGGUGUGUGUAGACGUGCAUACAUGCAUAAGUUUAUCCGCGUGUGCAUCUGUGAUACAGGUGUGUAGACGUGCAUACAUGCGUGCAUACGUAAUACAGGCGUGCGUUCAUACGUGCAUACGUGCGCGCAGACGUGAUACAGACGUGCGUGCAUACGAUACGUGCAGACGUGCGUGCAGACGUAAUACAGGCGUGCGUGCAUACGAUACGUGCAUACGUGCGUGCAGACGUGAUACAGGCGUGCGUGCGCGGGCGCCCGACGCCCGGAGACCGGAGCUGCUCCCCCUGGUCCCGCGGGCUUCUCCGAGGUCCUUCGCCCGCCCGCUGUGAGUUUAGUGGCCUUACUGUGACAGCACCCACCUGUUCCCCCCCUCUCCGUGCCCGGCUCCCCGGGGCUCCCGACGCAGUGCUCCGACCCGUGCUCAGCAUGCCCCGCUCCAGCCCUGUGGCCCGUUCCUGGAGCGCCCACGUCCCCCACGUGCUCGCUGGCGCCAAGUGUCAGGACUGUGUCGCGCCGUAGCCUUUGUCACGCCCGUGUAGCUGCCGCGAAGCCCCCUCCCCACCGGCCCCCGGGCUCCCGGCGGGGUCAGCGUGGCCGGGCCCGCAGGACGCAUGCUCGGCCGCAGCGCCCCGCGCGGUGUCGUCUCCAAUAAACGUGCCGACCGUGUGGUGUCCUCGA